UCACAGCAACUAGUACAUCUAUGGCUUCCCAGACUCUUCUGAUUUUUCUCUUUACUCUCCUAAACAUCACAUCUUCCCAUCGUCUUAUGGUUUCCGAGGCUUUGGGUUCUGGGGAAGAAUGCACGAGGGCUGAAUUUGUUCCUGGUCAUAACCUUGCAGGAGAAGGGUUCGAUGUUCUCACAAUGGAGCACAAGAAGGCGUACGUCAUCGACAUGGAGGAAUUCCUGCACCCAAAUAAAACGUGCGUCCUCAAGAAAAACAACUUUUUGAAUGGUAAAGAACAAAAGCUGCCCCUUUCAAUGGUUGAUUGGCGCACCAUGCAAAAAUGUAGUCAUUCACUAACGAGUUCUGCCUAUUCGUCCAGUGAGGCCCUGGCAAAGGAAACUGCAAGUAAUAUUCAAAAUAACUGGACAUUAGGACUGUCAGUGGAACAUCCAAAGGCCGAGGGGUCUGUUCAGCUAGCUGGGAGACACUCUAAAAUGAACAAGUACUUCUCAGACAAAUCCAAACAAGACAAGAUGACGUUCAUCAUUCAGAAGAUAUUCUGUGAGUAUUACAGUUACAGGUUGGUUUCUGAUCCCCCGCUUGAUAAAUAUUUCUUAAAUGAUAUUGAGAAGCUUCCUGAAAUGUAUGAGAAGAAUGCCUACCAACGCCUCAUCGACAUUUAUGGCACCCAUUACACCACAGCAGUGAGUCUAGGAGGCAAAGUGGAAACAAUUACAUCCGUCAAAACCUGUGAAGUGUCCAUGAACAGACUGAGUAUUAAAGACAUUGAGAACUGUCUAGAAGCAGAGGCCUCUGCUACUGUAUUAACCAAAGUCAACAUAAGCAGUAAAUGGGAACAUUGCAAAGCAUUACACAAGAGUCUGAACAGAAGCGACAGCUUCAGCGAUGAAUUUUCUGAUCGCAAGACAUAUGUCUAUGGUGGCCACACCGGCACUGAAGAUAUUCUUUUCUCAAAAACCGACUCGGAUGCAAGUGUCUACAAAGCCUGGCUGGAGUCCACCAAGUUAACGCCCGCUGUUGUUACAUUCGCGCUAACACCAUUGCACCAUCUGAUUCAAAAUAAUAUCUUAAAGAAAGAAAAUCUUCAGAAAGCCCUGAGCGAGUACUUCACAGAAGCGGCUUUAUCCGCAAGCUGCACCAGAACAUGCGAGGGAGACUCGAAACCGAGCAAGUCAGACAGAUGCUCUUGUAAAUGCUCUGGCAAUAACAUCCUAAAUAACAUGUGCUGUCCCACGCAGCGAGGCCUUGGCAAUCUCACCGUGUUUAACUUAUAUGCCAAAGAUUUAUAUGGUGACUUAAGAAGUCAAUCAGAUGCAUAUGUUAAGGUUUACUAUGGGAAAAUAUAUAAAAAAACUGAAAUAAUCAAAGACAACGAUAAUCCAAAAUGGAAUGAAACCUUCACGUUUGGUUAUGUUAAACUCUCUAUGGACUCUGAAAUCAAACUGAAAGUCUAUGAUGAUGGCCUCAUUUAUGAUAACUUACUCGGUAAGUGCAACAUCACAAUAAGUAGUGGCACCCAUGUAGAAUCGUGCAGCUUCAAGCAUGGGGUGCUGUAUUUUUCUUACACCUUGGAGUGCGCCCCUAGCCUUGGAGGCCCAACGUGCAAAGAAUAUGCCCCGUCACCGAUACAGUCAGAUCUGGCAAAGAGGCAGCUCCCCAGAAGUUCUGUGCCCAACAAAGGGAGCUCUAGCACAAUAAAGAGAGGGAAUAUGGGGGCAUCAAAACUGGCCUAAGAUUACAGGAGAACCUAAGAGAAGCUUCGCUUAAGUUCAUGUCCUUCUGUUUGUUGUUUAGUCACAUCUACAGCUGAACCCCCAUCCUAAACCGAAGCCUAAAGAAUACUCAGAAAAAUGAAACAAUAAUGUCAAUGGAAAUAUGGUGUACUUUGAAAAGCAAUAAUGAAAAUAAGGAUGGCUCAUUGUAAACACAUUAGGCUCAUGGCGCGAGUCAACUCUGAAUUGGGCGACAAUCAAUCUCGGGACACACCUGGACCAACGUAUUGUCGACAACUAACCUUCUGUUCAUGUCUAGCAGAAAUGGAGAGAAUGCACUAGCGUCGAACGGGCUAACGGACAAGCAGUCUUCAAACUUCUCUGUCUGUCUGUAGUGGGCAAGCUGCGGUGCUAACUACUGUGCCACCAUACCACCGUACAGCGACCUUAAGUAAUCACAAAAGAAAGGUUUUAUUGACACCACUCCAUUUUUUUUUAGUUUAAGUAAGAUACAGGAUGGAAUAUUUUCUAAAAUAAAUACAUGUUGU